CCCGGACGGAAAUCUUGAGGAGUCGGGGAGGAGGAAGCUUACGGAGAUUGCAGGCGCCGGGUGCCCUCUUAGGCCGAUCGUGUUGGCCUCAACAUGUGCAUAAGGCAGCUUUUCCAGUCCUCACAUCUCCAAUGUGCUUGGAGAGUAGCCUUCCUGAAACACAUCCAGGGCAGGCACCAGCCAGCCAGGCGAUGGGCACAUUCUGGAGGCAGCACCUACAGAGCGGUGAUUUUUGACAUGGGUGGAGUUCUCAUUCCUUCUCCAGGGAGAGUGGCCGCAGAAUGGGAGCUACAAAAUCAUAUCCCUCCUGGAACUAUACGGAAGGCCUGGAUCUUAGGUGGCGAAAAUGGGCCCUGGAUGAAACUUACGAGGGGAGAGAUAACAACAGAGGAUUUCUUGCAAGAAUUUGGGAGACUUUGCUCUGACAUUGCGAAGACUUCUGUACCUGUGGCCUCCUUUUUCUCUCUGCUGACCAGUGAGCAAGCGGCACAGCAGUUCCCAGUGAUGACCGAGGCCAUAACUCAAAUUCGGGCAAAAGGCCUUCGGACUGCAGUCUUGAGCAAUAAUUUUUAUCUCGCCAACGGGAAAAGCUUUUUGCCCCUGGACUGGAAACAGUUUGAUGUGGUCGUGGAAUCCUGCCUAGAAGGUCUCUGUAAGCCAGACCCCAGGAUCUACAAGCUGUGCUUGGAGCGGCUCGGCCUGCAGCCUUCUGAGUCCAUUUUUCUGGACGAUCUUGAACUGAAUAUAAAAGCAGCCGCCAGCCUUGGCAUUCACACCAUUCAGGUUGAUGACCCAGAGACUGCCGUAAAGGAAUUAGAAACCCUUUUGGGCUUUACAUUGAGAAUGGUUAUUCCAAACACUAGCUCUGUGAGAAAGACAGUGGAGAUUCCACGAGAUUCCUUGGAGAAGUACCUCAAAGACUUACUGGGGACCCAAAGCACAGGCCCAUUGGAACUCCUCCAGUUUGAUCAUGGGCAGUCCAAUCCAACCUACUACAUCAGGCUCAGCAACCAGCAGCUGGUUCUGAGGAGGAAACCCCCGGGGACACUCGUUCCAUCCAGCCAUGCAGUGGAGAGGGAGUUCAGGAUAAUGAAAGCCCUUGCCAAUGCUGGAGUGCCUGUCCCCAAAGUUCUUGGCCUCUGUGAAGAUUCAGGGGUCAUUGGCACUCCCUUCUAUGUGAUGGAAUACUGCCCAGGCCUCAUCUACAGAGACCCCUUUCUGCCAGGCUUGGAGCCCAGCCAGAGGCGGGCCAUAUACACUGCCAUGAACAGAGUCUUGUGCAAAAUUCACAGUGUGGACCUCAAGGCUGCAGGCCUAGAAGACUAUGGGAAACACGGGGACUAUAUUCCACGGCAGGUGCAAACCUGGAUUCAGCAGUAUCGAGCCUCAGAAACCAGCACCAUCCCCGCGAUGGAGAGGCUUAUCCAGUGGCUGCCCCACCAUCUUCCCAGGCGACAGAAUACGACGGUGGUGCAUGGGGACUUCAGGUUGGACAACCUGCUGUUCCAUCCAGAGAAGGCUGAGGUACUUGCUGUCCUUGACUGGGAGCUCUCUACCUUAGGUGACCCCCUUGCGGACGUGGCCUUCAGCUGCCUGGCUCACUACCUGCCAUCCAGUGUUCCCAGUUCCCUGCUGCGAGGUUUGCGUGACUGUGAUUUCACUCAGCUGGGCAUCCCUACCGCAGAGGAGUAUUUCAGGAUGUACUGCCAUCACUCGGAGAUCCCUCCCCCUGAGGACUGGAACUUUUACAUGGCUUUCUCCUUUUUCCGCAUGGCUGCAACCCUGCAAGGAGUCUACAAGCGCUCGCUCCCAGGGCAAGCAAGCUUGGCAGCCCCCGAACAAAAUGAAAAGCUGACUGAAUAUAUGUCUAACCUGGCCUGGGAUUUUGCGGUCAAAGAAGGGUUCCGGGUUUUCAAAGAGAUGCCAGCCACAAAACCACUAGUGAGGUCCUGCCACACUCAGCCUGGUCACAGCCCCUGCUGAGCACCCCCGGCGCGAGCAGCUACAUCGUCUUCGCAGACUCUUCCCCAGCUCAGGCCUCAAAGGGAGCUCUGGUUAUCUGUCCAGAGGGCCUUUCCCCACCACUCAGGGGGCUGUAUCUGUGACUGCAGCACCCCUCUGAGUCAGAGCUCUGGACUCACCAAGCCUCAGUGGGGGACGCACCCCUUCCCUGCCGAUGGAACACCUCAACGGAGAGUUGGUAAGAUGUCAUCGACACGGCAGAACCUCAGCUCACUGACUGGACACAUCUGUUCCCCUUGGAGGCAGGGAAGAGAUGGGAGGGCCGAGGUGAAUUAUCUUUGCUUUCCAUCACUGUCGGGAAGAGCCAGCUCUAAGAUGCCUCAGUUUUCACUUCAUGGCUCUUUCUGUGAGACCGCGUCCUUGCCGGGUAACUCAGCCCUGGCCGAGGACCUGCCACGUCUGUGGUUUGUGCCCCUGGAACACCUGGGCUCGUUAUUUUAUGCAUAUUUGUAUUAUGUAAAUUUGAAGCGGGCGCCUGGGUGGCUCAGUUGGU